AUGGCCACCGUCACCACCAAGACCGGCCAGGCCGUCGACCGGCUGGUGCUCGACUCAAUGCUCCGUCGCCGCAUGUUCUAUACCCCCUCGUUCGAGAUCUACGGGGGCGUGUCGGGUCUGUACGACUACGGCCCUCCCGGCACCGCGCUGAUCGCCAACCUGACGGAUCUGUGGCGCAAACACUUCGUGCUGGAGGAGGACAUGCUGGAGGUCGACACCACCAUGCUCACCCCGCAUGAGAUCCUCAAGACCAGUGGGCACGUGGACAAGUUCGCCGACUGGAUGUGCAAGGACCCCAAGACGGGAGAGAUCUUCCGUGCCGACCACCUGGUGGAGGAGGUGCUGGAGGCCCGUCUGAAGGGCGACAAGGAGGCGCGCGGCCAAAAGGUCGUGGUCGACGAGGAGAAGGAGGCCAAGAAGAAGAAGAAGGCGGCCAAGGAAACCAAGGCUGUCAAGCUGGACGAUGCUGUGGUUAAAGAGUACGAGGAGGUGCUGGCGCAGAUUGACAACUAUGGUGGUCCCGAGCUCGAGGAGAUCAUCACCAAGUAUGAUAUCCGCAACCCUACCACCGACGGCAAGGUGCAGCCGCCUGUCUCCUUCAACCUCAUGUUCCAGACCUCUAUCGGCCCUAGCAGCAACAUGCCGGGCUACCUGCGCCCUGAAACUGCCCAGGGUCAGUUCCUGAACUUCCAGAAGCUGCUCGAGUUCAACCAGCAGUCUAUGCCGUUUGCCUCGGCCGCCAUUGGCAAGUCCUUCCGUAAUGAGAUCUCGCCGCGCGCGGGUCUGCUGCGUGUCCGGUGGCAAGAAGCACCCCGCUUCGCGGGUGUCAAGGAUGUGGAGAUGUCGCUGCUCAACCGUGAUGUGCAGCUGUCCGGCAGCACCGAGGUGACGAAGAUGACCAUCGGCAAGGCGGUCGAGACCGGCUUGGUCGACAACGAGACUCUGGGGUACUUCCUGGUCCGGAUCCAGCAAUACCUGCUGAAGCUGGGUGUGGACCCCACCAAGCUGCGCUUCCGCCAGCACAUGGCCAACGAGAUGGCUCACUACGCCACCGACUGCUGGGAUGCCGAGCUGCAGACCAGCUACGGCUGGAUCGAGUGUGUCGGCUGCGCUGACCGCAGUGCCUAUGACCUGACGGUACACAAGAACAAGACCGGUGCUCCGCUGGUGGUGCGCGAGACUCGCGCCGAGCCCCUGCGCAUUGAGGAGUGGCAGGUCGAUAUUGAAAAGAAGAAGUUCGGCCCCCGCUUCAAGAAAGACAGCAAGACUGUUGAGGCCGCUGUCGAUGCUCUCUCCCAGGAGCUGCGCGAGAAGCUCUCCCUGGAUCUCGAGCAGUCCGGCAAGAUUGAGAUCGACGUCGAGGGCGUCGGCUCGGGCAAGAUCGAGCUCGAGAAGGAUCUGAUCAAGAUCGAAAAGCGUACCCGCGUCGAGAAUGUCCGCGAGUACACUCCCAACGUUAUUGAACCUUCGUUCGGUAUUGGCCGCAUUCUGUACAGCAUGAUUGAGCAUGUCUACUGGUCGCGUGCCGGCGACGAAGCCCGCGGUGUCCUUUCUUUCCCCCCGGUCAUUGCCCCCACUAAGGUCCUGCUGGUCCCGCUCUCGACACACCAGUCCUUCAAGCCCCUGACAGAGCGACUGAGCUCCAAGCUGCGCCGGCUGGGCGUCUCCAGCCGCGUCGACGACUCGUCCGCCAGUAUCGGCAAGCGGUACGCCCGCAACGACGAGCUGGGUACGCCCUUCGGUGUCACCGUCGACUUCCAGUCCGUCAAGGACAGCACCUUCACGCUGCGUGACCGUGACUCGACCAAGCAGGUGCGCGCCGGUGAGGAGGAUAUCCUGAACGCGCUCAAGUCGCUUGUCGAGGGCGAUGAGACGUGGGAGGAUGUGCGCCAGCGGCUCCCUGAGUUUACUGGGCAAGAUGUCGAAUAG